AGUCUAGCUGGGAAGAAAAAAAAAACUUUUUUUUUUUUGUAUCGGAGGAAUCAACAGCCGCCAUCUUGACGCGGCUCAGAAUCGGGAUUUCGGGGGGAGCAUUAAUUUUAAAAACCGACCGGAGCUACUCAGACCGGGCUCAAACGGCUUUUUUCUUGCAGAAAAUCGAAGUGUUACUCCUUCUGAUGAGAAUUAAUGCAAACAUGUGAGGAUUACAUGCGUAUUUAUCGUCUCGAAAGGCCACUGUAUAUUUGAUUUCCCUUUUAGCGAGCGCCGAUUCUCGCCGUAUCUCCGUCCCGAGACGCUGUAUUUGCCGGGAGACAGCGACGACAAAAAUAAUCCACCUCAUAGAAAAUAUUUUUUGAAUUUUGCUCUUUUUAUUCGAGCCUGAGAUAGAUUUUAUGACUGCUCGUUUCGACUGCGAAAAAAAUGAUUCUGUACAGACGUGAAUCCGGCGAUCUGCGGAGAAAAGGAUUUGCCUACGCCUUGUGUAAUAUUUUAUGAUUGAUUUUUAUUUAUUUUUCUCGAAGCUAAAUAAUUUUUGGACGUAAUUAUUGAGGAUAAUUAUGUGGGUGUUGGGUGUUGGAUUAUCAUGGGGUGAUCUUCGGCGGCGAAGCGUGGCGCUGUUGCCUUUCUUUUGAAACCUUUUUCUCCAGGCAGCAUUUCGCUAGUCUGCCAGUCAAGACGACGAAGAAGAAGAAGAAAAAAAAAACCAAAACCUCCAAGAUACAUUGCUCCUUUACGCUCAACGUAAAGGAAAAGUUACCAGUUAUUACGAGCCACAAGCCCGACCAGGGGGACUGAUCCUGCUGUUGUUUUCCUGCAUCAUCAUCCAUUCAUAACCGAGCAGGAUGGCUGACAAUCUGCUGGAUGUCGGACCCCCCACUGCAAAGCGACCCAAGCUCAAUUCACCUCUCUCAGUGUCAGAUGGCCCAGAUCUUGUGUCUCUGUUCGACCUGGAAAACGACCUUCCAGAUGAGCUCAUCCCCAAUGGAGACUUGGGAAUGGGAAUGUCCUCUAAUGGCGGUCCAGGUGGAGGGGGUCCUGGUCUCAACUCCAUCAUCCCCGAUGCAGCUGCCAAACACAAGCAGCUGUCCGAGCUUCUGCGACCAGGGAGCUCCUCCAUCUUGGGAGGUGUUCUCAACUCUGCCAGCCCCCAACAGGGAGGCAUGGGAAGCCAGCUGGGGGCUGUGCUUGGUAAAAGUCCACACGGGCAGGGUUCUCCCAAUCACCAGUCUCCCCAGGCCCAGAAAGGAGGUACUGCUGCUGGACAAGGCAAUGGGGGCAUGAGCUUCAACCAGGCCAUGUUGAACAGUGGGCAGGGCCACGGGGUCAUGGGCCAGACGGGACAAGUGAUGAACGGGGCUCUGGGACCAGCAGGCCGGGGCAGACCUGGCAUGCAGUACCAAGGCAUGCAGGGGGCACAAGUGGGUGCUGGAGGCAGUGUGCUGGCAGAGACACUCACCCAAGGAGGGCCACAGUUGGGUGCACACAACGCGUUGAAUGCUCAGCAAGCUGGAAACAUGAAUAAGAUGGGGAUGUCAGGAGGCCCAUUUGGCCAGCAGUACGGUCAGGCUGGGGUGCAGCAGAUGGGGGCAGCGGGGGUCAACGCCCAACAACUCCAGAACAAGACGGCCCUUUCCAACAACCUGCCCCAAUUCCCUACAGAGCUGAAGGGAGCUGGGAGUGUGCCAAACCUGUCCCAGAUGCAGCAGCAGGUAGCGUCGGUGGGCAUGGUCCCCGGGGCCGGCGGCGUCUCAACGGGCCCGACGGCGGACCCCGAGAAGCGCAAACUCAUUCAGCAGCAGCUGGUCCUGUUGCUCCACGCACAUAAGUGCCAGCGGCGGGAGCAGGCCAACGGGGAGGUGAGGGCCUGCACUCUGCCCCAUUGCCGCACCAUGAAGAACGUCCUCAACCACAUGACCCACUGCCAGGCCGGCAAGUCCUGCCAGGUGGCUCACUGUGCAUCCUCCAGGCAGAUCAUCUCCCACUGGAAGAACUGCACGCGGCACGACUGUCCGGUCUGCCUGCCUUUAAAGAACGCGAGUGACAAAAGGAAUCAGCAACCCAUGCUAAAUUCUCCUGGAGCUAGCCUGCAGAACGCUAUCAGUACAGUGGGGCCUGGCCAGCCCAGUGCCACAGCCAUCAACAGUGCUGCCACACACAUCGACCCCAGCUCUAUGCAGAGGGCCUAUGCUGCCCUUGGCCUGCCGUACGGGAACCAGUCCCCUGCCCAGGGACAGGGACAGGGACCCUCUCAGCAAAAUCCCCAGGGCCCCCAGCACCUGCGAAGUCUGAACCCACUAGGCACUAAUCAGAUGAACCAGAUGGCAGGAGGCCUGGGUGUCCCCUCUUCAGACCAGGCUGGCAUGCACUCUGACUCCUCUCUACCAUCCGCACUCAACAAUCAGCUGAUGCCAGAUGGGUCAGUAGUGGGAGGCAUGGGAAACCUGCCCACUGCCACCCCUCUCUCUUCUUCGGGGGUAAGGAAGGCCUGGCACGAACACGUCACUCAGGACCUGCGCACCCACCUGGUGCACAAACUUGUACAAGCCAUAUUCCCCACCCCAGACCCUGCAGCGUUGAAGGACCGAAGAAUGGAGAACCUGGUGGCGUAUGCGCGCAAGGUUGAGGGUGACAUGUACGAGUCCGCUAACAGCAGGGAUGAGUAUUACCACUUCCUGGCAGAGAAAAUCUACAAAAUCCAGAAGGAGUUGGAGGAGAAGCGGCGCUCACGGCUCCAGAAACAGCCUGGCAUGGUGGGCACAGCUGGGCCUCAGCAGCCUGGAAUGGCUCAGCCCAACGCCAUGGGCCCAGGACAGGGCGUCCGGUCUCCCAAUGGACCUGUGCCUAUGCCCAACAUGCCAAAUCAGAUAAUGAACCGUAUGCAGGUGCCCCAAGGAAUCAAUCAGUUUAACCCAAUGGCAAUGCAGAAUGCGCAGAUGUCUCAGGCACCCAUGGGAGCGCGUGCUCCCUCCCCCAUGAACCAUCCACAGCAGAUGAACAUGAGCUCCGUCCCAGCGAUGGGUAUGUCUCCGUCAAGGAUGCCUCAGACUCAAGGAAUGAUGGGUAGUCAUGCUAAUAACAUGGUAGCGCAGCCAGCCAACCAGGGCCAGUUCCUGCAACAGGGCCAGUUCACUGCUGCUGCAGGUGGAGCUAUGAAUGUGAAUGUAGGCUUGGGUCAGCCCAUAACGCAGGCUGCUGUCACACAGCAGUCACAGAACUCUAACCUCCCUCUGAAUGCAUUGGGAUCCCUUGGCUCCCAGCUGCCCUGUGGCCCUUCAGCCCAGCCUUCCCUUGGCACUACACCUCCACCCAAUGCCUCCGCCAGCCUGCAGCUGCAGCAGCAGCAGCAGCACCAUGCUUCUGCACAGGCCCAGAUGCCACCGCGACCCACUACCCCCGCCUCCACGGGUGGGCCCUCCUCCACCCCAACCCACAUGCCCGGUAGCCUCCCUGGCCCCCCCUCAGCCAAGGGCACACCUGACCCCUCCCAGCCUAUCACACCCCUGCAGCCGCAGACAGAACCCCACAGCCAAAUGCAGCAGCCCACCUCAGUGCAGGCGCAGCACCCCAGCACACCGUUGUCCCAGGCAGCGGCGAGUGUAGAUAACAGAGUGCCCACCCCAGCUUCUGUGGCUGAGCUGAACUCCCAGCAGGCCCUGCCGGACAAGAGCAGCGCUGAAGCCAAACCUGAAGUCAAAGACGAAGAAGAUGACGGAGGCGGCAAGUCUGGGAAGAAGCAGCAAGAUAUAAAAAUGGAGCAGGAUGAUGACAUCAAACCGAUGCUGGUGAAGAAGGAGGAGCCAGAUGCAGCACAGCCAAAGCAGGAACCAAUGGACACUGAGGAAAAGAAGCCGGAGAUGAAGACAGAACCCAAAGAAGAGGAGGAAAGUGGGGCCAACGGCACAUCAGCCACCUCCAACACUCAGAACCGAAAAAAGAUUUUCAAGCCAGAGGAGCUGAGACAAGCCUUAAUGCCAACACUUGAGGCCCUCUACAGGCAAGACCCAGAGUCACUACCCUUCAGACAACCUGUAGACCCUCCAAUACUAGGCAUCCCUGACUACUUUGACAUUGUGAAGAAUCCCAUCGACUUAUCCACCAUCAAGCGCAAGCUGGAUACGGGUCAAUACCAGGAGCCUUGGCAGUACGUGGACGACGUGUGGCUCAUGUUCAACAAUGCGUGGUUGUAUAACCGUAAAACAUCCCGUGUCUACAAGUACUGCAGCAAGCUGGCAGAAGUGUUUGAAGCAGAGAUCGAUCCUGUCAUGCAGGGCUUGGGCUACUGCUGCGGCAGGAAGUAUGAGUUCUCACCCCAGACGCUGUGUUGUUAUGGCAAACAGUUGUGCACCAUUUCCAGGGACGGCACCUACUACAGCUACCAGAACAGGUAUCACUUCUGUGAGAAGUGCUUCAACGAGAUCCAGGGCAACAGUGUGACCCUGGGGGAUGACCCGGCACAGCCACAGACGUAUGUCUCUUUAUCUCUUUUUUGUUUGUGCAGCAUGAUAUCAAAAGAGCAGUUUGAAAAGAAGAAAAAUGACAUGUUGGACCCUGAACCGUUUGUUGAAUGUAAGGACUGCGGGCGAAAGAUGCAUCAGAUAUGCGUGCUGCACUACGAUGUUAUUUGGCCGACAGGCUUUAUCUGUGACAACUGUCUGAAGAAGUCUGGCAAAACAAGAAAGGAGAACCGGUUUUCAGCCAGAAGCCUUUGUAAAGGGUUGCAGUCCACCCGGUUGGGGACGUACAUCGAGGACAGAGUGAACAAGUACUUGAAAAGGCAGAACCAUCCUGAGGCCGGCGAGGUGUUUGUGCGAGUGGUGGCCAGCUCUGACAAAAAUGUGGAGAUUAAGCCUGGCAUGAAGUCUAAGUUUGUGGACACAGGCGAGAUGGUGGAGACCUUCCCUUAUAGAACCAAAGCACUUUUUGCAUUUGAGGAAAUAGACGGGGUGGACGUUUGUUUCUUUGGGAUGCAUGUCCAGGAGUACGGCUCAGAGUGCCCCUUUCCAAAUACCAGACGGGUUUACAUAUCAUACCUCGACAGUAUUCACUUCUUCAGGCCCCGUGCGCUAAGGACUGCAGUUUACCAUGAGAUCCUGAUCGGCUACCUGGAGUAUGUGAAGAAACUGGGGUAUGUGAUGGGUCACAUCUGGGCCUGCCCACCCAGUGAAGGAGAUGACUACAUUUUUCACUGCCACCCUGCUGACCAGAAGAUCCCCAAACCCAAGAGGCUCCAGGAGUGGUACCGAAAGAUGCUGGACAAGGCGUUCGCUGAGAGGAUCCUGCAUGACUACAAGGACAUUUUCAAACAGGCAACCGAAGACCGGCUGACCAGUGCCAAUGAGCUGCCGUACUUUGAGGGCGACUUUUGGCCCAAUGUGCUGGAGGAGAGCAUCAAGGAGCUGCAGCAGGAGGAGGAAGAGAGGAAGAAGGAGGAGAACACGGCCUCCUGUGAGACACCAGAGGGGGCACAAGCUGACAGCAAAAAUGCCAAAAAGAAGAAUAACAAGAAAACCAACAAAAACAAGAGCAGCGUCAGCCGAGCCAAUAAGAAAAAGCCUGGGAUGCCGAAUGUAGCCAAUGACCUGUCCCAGAAGCUCUACGCCACCAUGGAGAAACAUAAGGAGGUGUUUUUUGUAAUCCACCUCCAUGCCGGGCCAGUCAUUAACACCCUGCCACCCAUUAUGGACCCCGACCCCCUGUUGACCUGUGACCUGAUGGAUGGUCGGGAUGCCUUUCUGACUUUGGCCAGGGACAAGCACUGGGAGUUCAGCUCACUGAGAAGAUGCAAAUGGAGCACGAUGUGCAUGUUGGUGGAGCUGCACAACCAAGGCCAGGACCGCUUUGUGUACACCUGCAAUGAGUGCAAGCACCACGUAGAGACUCGCUGGCACUGCACCGUCUGUGAGGACUAUGACCUAUGCAUUAACUGCUACAACGCUAAGGGCCACGAGCACCAUAUGGUUAAGUGGGGCCUUGGUCUAGACGAUGACAGCAACGGUGCGGGUGGAGAGGCCUCCAAGAGCCCUCAGGAGAGCCGCCGUCUCAGCAUCCAGCGCUGCAUCCAGUCCCUGGUCCAUGCCUGCCAGUGCCGCAAUGCCAACUGCUCUCUUCCUUCAUGCCAGAAGAUGAAGAGGGUGGUUCAACACACCAAAGGCUGCAAGCGCAAGACCAAUGGUGGCUGCCCUGUGUGCAAGCAACUCAUCGCUUUGUGUUGUUAUCACGCGAAGCACUGUCAGGAGAACAAGUGUCCUGUUCCCUUCUGCCUCAACAUCAAGCACAAACUCCGUCAACAGCAGCUGCAGCACAGGCUCCAGCAGGCUCAAAUGAUGCGCCGGAGGAUGGCCACCAUGGCUGGAAGGGGUAUGCCCAUGCCAUCUCCACCUACCUCAGCUGGCCCCGACACCCCCAACUCUGUGCAGCAGCCUAAUACACCGCAGACACCCCAGCCCAUGCCCAACCAGCCCCAACAACAGCAGCCACCAAACCCUGCCAAUAUGGCCCAAGGCUUCCCCAACAAUGGCCGCAGCAGCCAGCCCCCAACACCGGUGCCGCAGGGCAAACCAGGGCCUCAGUCAUCCCCUCUUCAUCAGCAACAGUCACCUCUGCCUAACAUGCCCCAUCAACAGCAUCCUCAGCAGCAUCCUCAACAACAGCAGCAGCAUCCUCAACAACAGCAGCAGCAUCCUCAACAACAGCAGCAGCAUCCUCAACAACAGCAGCAGCAGCAACAUCAACAGCAACAACAUCAACAGCAGCAACAACAACAGAAUUAUACCAUGAAUGGGAUGCCCAUGAACCACCCUCGAAUGAUGGGGCCCAUGCAGGGUCAGAUGCAGAUGAUGCAGGGGCCACGGGGCCCCCAGGUGAUGCAGGCUAUGCAGCAGGGUCAAUGGGGUCCAGGGAUGCAGAAUCCCCAGGGCCAUCAGCCACAGGUCCCUCCUCAACAGGGCCCUAUGGGCCCUCAGCAGGCUCAGGGAGCACCCAUACCCCAGCAGAACCAGCUCAUGCAGAGGCCCAUGAUGCCCCAGCAACAAGGUCUCCAAAUGACUGGGGUCAUGCCUCCACAGGGGCCCUCACAGCAAGGCAUGACACCACAGCAGCAAAACAUGCCACGAGGGAUUCCUGGUAACAUUGCGCCGAGUGCCCUGCAGGAAUUACUGCGCACUCUCAAAUCUCCCAGCUCCCCACAGCAGCAACAGCAGGUCCUCAACAUCCUCAAGUCCAAUCCCCACCUCAUGGCCGCUUUCAUUAAACAGAGGACAGCAAAGUACCAGGCCACCCAGCCGCAGCAACAGCAGCAGAGCGCACAGGCCAUGCUGGGGUCUCAGGCAGGAAUGCAGGCCAUGGCAGCCAUGGCAAACCAAGUGCAGAGGCCAGUGAUGGCACCUCAGCAGCAGCAGCAGCCUCCUCAGCAGGCAGGGCCCCAGGGCAUGGCAACCAUGGGCCCCCAAGGCCAGAUGAUGAAUGCUGCUCAAAACGGCAAUCCCCAACUGUACCGCAGACAGCAGCUGCUCAGGAUGCAGCAGAUGCAGCAGCAGCAGCAGCAGCAGCAGCAGCAGCAGCAGGGAGGCAUGCCUCAGGGCCACGGUCAGUUCCCCCAACAGCAGACAGGGCCAGCAAGCUACUCCCAGCUCCGUAUGCAGCAGCAAAUGGCUAUGCAAGGUGGUGGGGGGCCUAUGGGACAGCUCCCUCCCACAUCUCAAAUGGGUCAACCUGGCAUGGGCAUGGAUGGGCCCCAGAACCUUAUCCAGCAGCGCAUGCUUCAGCAACAGCAGCAGCAGAUGUUAAAGCAGCAGAUGGGCUCUCCAGCACAGGCUAACUCGAUGAGUCCACAGCCUCACAUGCUCCAAAGCCAAGCCCAGGGAGGAGCUCACUUACCUGGCAAGACAAUGGCAAACACCCUGGGAAACCAAGUACGCUCCCCAGCCCCAGUGCAAUCGCCCCGUCCGCCUUCACAGCAGCCCCCGCAUUCCAGUCCAUCCCCGAGGAUACAGCUCCAGCCCUCACCUCAACACGGUGCCCUCCACUCCAGCUCUCCCCACCCCAGCCUUGGAGGCCCAAUGUCGGGGUCCAUGGAGCAGGGACACAUGGGAACACCGGAGCAGAGUGCCAUGCUCCCGCAACUCAACACACCAAACAGAGGGGGGUUGAGUAAUGACAUGGGUAUGGUGGGUGACACGACGGGAGACACGCUGGAGAAAUUUGUUGAAGGAUUGUAGCAUUUUGGGACAGAAGAAAGGCCUUGUUCUGUUUUCAGCUGAGAAUUUUUUUGUACUUGCUGGUGUAAAAAGCUAAAAGAAAUACAAACAAAUGAGUCAUACGAGGCCUACAGACUGUGAACUUUCCUUAAACCAAGGGACUGCUUUUUCUUCCAACACAGUGAGAGUGAUUUAAUACUUGCUGUUAAAAAGAAGACAACAAAGACACAAAGAAUAUAUUUUUUGGUUCAGACCAGCCAUGCAAGAAUUUGCCCUGGUCUUGGUGUUUUAAUUUGUUUUUCAUUUGUUAUGCUCUGGUAUUGACUUUUUUUAAACAAAACUUCUCAAAACAAAAAAUAUUUCAUUUUAUUAUUCAAUUAUUUUUUUUUUUUUGUACCUUUGCAGAUUAAUAUGGUAUUUGUGUUGAGAAGACUGUAAAAUUAUUUUGUCUGGGAAUUGUUUUUGCCAGGUUUCACCUCUUGCUCAGUUUCUCUGUUCCUGGAUAAUUUAUUCUAAUAUGCCAUUUUUCAAAAGGACUGCCUUUGGGAAAGCCUUAAUUUCUUUCCUGUUUGCAGAGUCUAUGGGAGAUAAAUGUAUUUGUAUAGAUCUAGGAACUAUUGCACACACCCAAACACAGAAGGCAGGUGUAAGAGAAACCUGUCUUGAAGCUUGUUAAUGUUCACAGGUGCCGGAAUGUUCUUUUUAGGCCUGGGCCCAGUAUUUGUCUUGCUUCGUCUUUCCCUCGGUCAAAAGAAAUUUUCAUCAAGUCCUGAACCUCUUUUGCCUGUGGUGGGAAAUUAACUUGUUUGACUGCUGAUUUGUGUUCAGAGAGGGUUUUGUGCAUCAUUUUCUCUAUUGCAUUAAACUUGAAUUGAUGAACUAUUCUCUAAUGUAAAUCAUGCAGCUAGACAGUACUGUAAAUAUGCAGAAAAUAAGAAUGAAAUCACUGUACAAACUGGUUCAAAUGGCUCAUUUCGUACUUAUAUACCAUAUUGUUAAAUAAACCUGUGUGCCACAGA